GCAUUAAACUCAUUUCUCCCCAUGCCUCAUCUUCUCACCUGGGUACCCUUCUUUUCUUUCUCUCUAUAUGUCCUCCUCAAUUGAGUUAUGUCCUAUCCUGUAUCUCUCCGUUUCAUGCUUGGAGUUACCCUCUGCAAGCUCUUUACUGGCUUUCUAACCCAGCACUAACCUCGAAAUCCAGAGUCCGUGAGUAUUAUCUGAGUGUGAUAAUGGCGGUGCUGGUGGCACAAGUCUUAGGGAGGCAGAACAAGAACGAUCCAGGUAGCAUAAAUGGUCCUUGUUACGUAGAGCAGGGAAUGGCCCCUCAAAGACAUGCAGCAUCUAAUCCCUGGAAACUUCGUAUAUGUUAUUUAUAAGUCAAAGAACUAUGGUUGAUAAACAACCGGCUUUAAACUAGGGAGAUUAUAUUGGAUUAUCUGGCUGAUUCCACUGCAAUCACAAUGGCUUUUAGAAGUGGAGAAGGGAAUAGGAAAAUUCAGAGUCAGAGCUUUGUGAUUACAGAGGUGAGAAGUCAGAAUAGUGAGAUGUGAAAAAGACUCUGUGUGCAUGUCAUUUUUUUUUCUGGCCUAAGUGAACGUUUUUGUGUGAAAAUAAGAAAAGACUUAAAGGGAGUUCUGGGGCCGUCAGUCCCAGGAAUCAAGUGUGAUAUUUUGUCCUCAGGGAGUGGCAGUCCACAGGAUGCCCACCUUGAAUUUCACCAUUUUUAACCCAGACGCCUUCGUUUUGGUGGGGAUCCCAGGGCUGGAGCGGUUCCACAUCUGGAUCGGGAUUCCUUUCUUCAGCAUCUACCUGGUGGCCCUUGCAGGUAAUGGCAUCCUUCUCUACCUCAUCGCCGUGGACCACAGCCUCCAUGAACCCAUGUUCUUCUUCCUUGCGAUGCUGGCCUCUACAGACCUCGUGUUAAGUACCACGUGUGUCCCCAGGACCCUGGGCAUAUUCUGGUUGAAAUCUCAGGAAAUCACCUUUCCUGGCUGCCUCACACAGUUGUUCUUUCUCCACUUCAGCUCUUUCCUGGAAUCAGCCAUCUUGGUGGGCAUGGCCUUUGACCGCUACGUGGCCAUUUGCUCCCCUUUGAGAUACACCAGUGUCUUGACGCCCAGGACAAUCGUCAAGAUCCUGGUGGGCAUUGUGGGUCGCAGCUUUGCUGUCAUAUUUCCUGUUGUUUUCCUGGUGAAGCGUUUGCCUUUCUGCAGGACGCGCACCAUCCCCCACACAUUCUGUGAGCACAUAGGGGUGGCCCGCCUCGCCUGCGCCGACAUCUCCAUCAAUGUCUGGUACGGCUUUGCUGUGCCUCUAAUGACAGUUACCGCAGACACGAUCCUCAUUGGUAUUUCCUAUGCUCUCAUCCUUCAUGCCGUUUUCCACCUUCCGUCCCGAGAUGCCCGCCAGAGAGCCCUGGGCACCUGCGCUUCUCACGUCAGUGUCAUCCUCCUUUUCUACAUCCCCGCCGUGUUCUCGGCCCUGACUCAUCGCUUCGGCCACACUAUCUCUCGGUCUUUUCACAUCACGUUUGCCAGCCUCUACGUAACUGUCCCUCCUGCCCUCAAUCCCAUCAUUUACGGUGUCAGAACAAAGCAGAUCAAGGACAAGGUCAUCCUUCUAUUCGUCCCUAAAGGGAUGCAGUGACCUGCGGAUAAGAACAUGGAGAAAAAGUGUGGGGACGUCAAGGCAUCAUAUUGAUUUAAUAGAAUUUCUUUGGUAAAGAAAGAGCAGGAAGACUUCAAUAAUGGAUCCAAUGCCUAUGAAUGUCAAGGCCUCGAUUCUGUGGGAUAAAAUUAUAGGUAGAAUGAGAGGGAGGGAGGCAAGGAUGUUUUAAGCCUCAAGAAAAUGAGAGGCAUCAGGUGGAAGUAUCCUAAUUUUCUAAAAUCAAAAGCACCAAAGCACGAAAGUUUUGCUCUUCCUUUGGUCCUUUUAUCCUGUUUCAAUGGCCUCUUUUUAAAACAAAAAAAAAAGUAAUAUUUAAUUUAUAGGUUUGUUGUAAGGUUGAAUUUGUUUAGCACAAAGUGAGCUCAUUAAUUCAAAAGCCAUCUGUAUGCUGAAAACCUCUAAGUAAAGUUCUGCUUCCAUUCCCUUCUGUCCCAUGUAACCAACUCGCUAUUUGAUAACUCCUCUUGGCUCUCCCACCGAGCCUUCAAAAAAGUGAGCUAGAAAAAUAACCAUUUUUCUCCUCUUCCUUUCCUCGUGAUCAGCCCAAUCUCCUGAAUUCUCUAUCUUCUUAAAUGGUGUAGAAAUCAGCCAGUUUCCCAUGUCACACCCUUUUCUCCGUAUUCAUUUUCUUUAAAUAUUUUAAAACUCAUUUACUAUUUGUUAUGUCUUCCGAAUAGCUUUGCACUUAUACACGUGUUUCACAUUAAAACAUGUUUAUCAUCCUCCCUUUAUCCUGGACUAAUUUUCAGCAGCCUCACUUAGAAAUUUGCUACCGUCAAAUUUUUUUUUUCUCUCCCAUUUGUUGUUUAUUCAGAAACUAGGGUGAUCUUAUUAACCUUCAACUAGAUCAUGGCAAUCCUGUAGUUAAUAAUCACUUAAUAGUUAUCAACUUUGCUUGGCAUGAAGCCUAAUACCCUGACAGAUCUUCAAAGCCUUUUUUGACAUGAUUGGUGCUAACCUGUUAGCUAUUUGUUGGUGUCCAUUGACCCAGUUCUCUCUUUUGCUCUCAGAUGUCCCCUUUUUGCUACAACC